CCUCGCUCCCCACUCCGGACGGGCUCAGCUAAACCUCAUUUCCGGGCGCGACGCACUUGGGAGCAUUUUUGGUCUUUUUCCUCCGUGAAGCUUUCGGGCCGAGAGGAUCGUCCCGCCCCGCUCCAGACAGGAAAGGGCUUGAAUCAGCGCAGCCAUGACUGAGGCAGAAGUGAACCCCAAAGCUUACCCACUGGCUGAUGCACAACUCACCAAAACCCUGCUGGACCUUGUACAGCAAUCCUGCAACUACAAGCAGCUACGCAAGGGAGCCAAUGAAGCCACUAAAACACUGAACCGAGGAAUAGCAGAAUUCAUUGUGAUGGCUGCAGAUGCUGAGCCUCUGGAGAUCAUCCUGCACCUCCCUCUCUUGUGUGAGGACAAGAAUGUGCCCUAUGUCUUUGUGCGCUCCAAGCAGGCCCUGGGUCGGGCAUGUGGUGUCUCCCGGCCUGUCAUUGCCUGUUCAAUUACCAUCAAAGAAGGAUCACAACUGAAACCACAGAUUCAGUCGGUCCAGCAAGCCAUAGAGAGACUGUUGGUCUAAAUUUACCAAAAACCUAGUAGCUGAAGUCCAUAAUUAAAAAAAAUAAAUAAAAAAUCAGCAUUGGGGAGGGAAAGUAAUAUUAGCCAAUGCAAUCGUUUGAUACCAAGCCCUUGUUUCAAAAUGCCAGCUGUUUGUUUUUACAGUGGCUUGCUCCUAUUUGAUGUUUCAACUCCUCCACUGCGGGUCAGUCUAGAUUUAUACCCAGCCACCUCUCUCCUCUUGCCAGUUUUUGAAAAGGACUUGCUUGCUGUACCAGUUAUCAAAACCUCCUGAUUUGGUAGACAACCACCCCACUUGAGCAUGGUUAACCUGCACUCUUUUUCUCCCCCAGUAAUGGAUUAGCUUCUUUCAUUUUGCAGCAAAUUCUUCUGUGAUAAGUUAGACCUGUAGCACCUGUGAAUCAUUUGUGAUCAUAGAUGGUUUGAUCCAAUGAGGAAUAUUAAGAUGGAUCUGCAGUAUAAUGGUGGUCAGCAAUUGCUGCAUUAAGGCAGAGGCAAAUAAUGGGGGAGAGGUGGUAAAUUAGACAGCAGCAGCUAGGAAUUGUAGAAGACGGGUCAAGACCAAGUCAGCAGACAUGUUGAAGUUGGACAAGAGGCCACUGUAUGAGAGGUGUAGAGGAAGGAGAAAUGUACUAUAAUGCUGGGAUGACAGCUCUAACCUUGUUUUUUUUUUUAAACUGUUGGUUUUUUUAAAUAAAUCCAUAUAUUCCCUGGUUUGUCAACUCAUGCACAUGACUCUGUUCAACCUAUCUUGGCUAGGAAAGUAAGGUGCUGCUACCUGCCGUUCACUAGUUUAAAAUGAAUGAGACCACUCCAGAGCAUUAUAAUGCUCUGAUUAGUGGUGUCCUCUUAUUUUAUUUGUAAUAAUGUGUCUGCCUGAAGCUUUGCUGUAAUCUACAAGUUGGUUCUCAGGUGGGAAGGGAGGGGAGGUUUAAAACUGUCACCCAGCCCUCCCAAAAAAACCCACACACAUGAAAACAAGAAAAUAAGCUUGCUACUUUUAGAAAUUAUCUUAAGGCCCACAUGUGGUGAAGAAGAAAUACUUAUAGCAAGGAACAGUGUAAGUAUUCAGGUACUCUUCACACAGAUGUAUUGUUACAGUGAGUAAUGGCCUAAUUUUAGACCCUAACAUGAAAAUGUCUCUUUUCACUUUAAAGAUGAUGCUUAUGUAAUAGACAUCCUUGAACUUCUCAAUGGAUUGCUGUUUCUUGGGUCCAAGAGCUAGCAUGGCCAAUUUGCCUACUGUCCCCACUAGCAUGCUAAUUGUUAAUCUUGUUCUGUUUACCAAUUAAAGCCACUUUGUGCUAGUGUUAA